AUGGGACUUACUGUGAACAUCAAGACUGUGAGUGGGGAAACUGCCAAAGUACAGGCUCUUUACACAGAUACCGUUGAGCACUUGAAGAACAAGGUUGAAAAAUCUACAAGUCUAGGAAAGAUACGUGACUUUGUUCGGAAAGGGGUCAUUCUAGACGACUUCAAAACAUUAGCUCAGUGCGGGUUCGAAAACAACGAAUUGAUCAUAGCCACCAUAGAAAAAUCAGCACCCCCAAAGUUUGUAGCUGUGGAGAUUGAAGACAUAGAGACGUCCUCGAAGCAGGAAAGAAAGCUAGAAAAACCCAAGAAAUGUGCUACGUGUGGUAAAGGAAUCAACCUCGUCGAGCAGAACAUGCCAUGUAGAUGUAGUCUAGUUUUCUGUGAACAUCACCGGCCACCCGAGAAGCACCAUUGUCCUGUCAACAUAUCUUUGCUCAAGAGAGAACAGCUGGCUCGAGAUCUCAUGCCAAGUGAAAGUAAAGGAUCUCGGUCAACUAGCAGUUCGGCCAAGGGCAUUUUGAUCUACAAUGAGUUCGCCGCUUCACACAGGUCGAAAGCUUGUCGCCAAAUGCAUGCAGUAGCACUUGGAUUCCUGGCUGGCGGCUGUUUGUCUGCGCUAGGAGCUGAGUGGGAUGGUCAAGGAGUUCCGACCUGGAUUAAGAGAUUGGUUCUCGGAUACAGUCUUGCCUACCUCAUUGGUCAAUGGUCUCAUUCAAAAAGGAUCAAUAAUGCUUCCGGAGACGACCACGACUUUACCUACUGUCUGUGGAGCAGACAAGUAUGGCAGCAACCUUGGGGAUGCCUCAAGGCUGAAUUUCGAAACUUGGUCAGAGUGCUGGUGGACCUUGUGACCCAUGAUCGAAGGAACUGUGUGACGCGGCAUGCUCUCAAGUACAAGAAGUUUUAUGAUCCAAGUUAG